AUGGUAAAACGAUGCGCAUGGGGAACUUGCAACAGUGAUUCUAGAUACCAGGAACGUUUAGUAAAUGAAGUAGAAGGAACAACAGUUACAUUUCAUCAUUUUCCGACGGAGAUAAGGGACAAGGAACGAAGAAAAACGUGGAUACGUGCGUGCUGCAGGAAAGAUGGCUUCGUUUGUACAAAGGACAGUUAUGUUUGUAGUCUUCAUUUCGUUGACAAGAAAGGCCCCACGGAAGAAUAUCCCGACCCCAUUUCAGCGACAGCUAGUAGAGAUACGGUAAGCAUAUGGUCUAUGGAUAAGAAGUCAAAUUUUUAUGCAAAUGUAUACAUUUGAAUGAUAUGCGUUUCAUCAACAUAUUGAACAAUAUUGACACCAUAUUGUUUUUGUUAUAAAUAGAUCAAGCGAUUGAGCAGAAAGAGGAAGCCUCCUUCGACUAGAAAAGCAUGUGGUAAACGAUUUAGAACAGCUCACGACAAAUCAGCAGCGGAAUCGCUGUUUUCUCUUUCGUCAGCUACGCCUGCUGUUGGGAAAAGUACAUAUGAGCUAAAUGUGGCAGAAACUUUAAUAAAUUUAAGCAAAGAUGCAGUUACACAUCCUACUAUAAAUACAGAGUCCGAGAAUACAGCCACAGAAAUUAUGGAAGAAGAUCAACUGCAGGGCAUAAAAGAAGCAUCAACAGCAACCUGUGAUUCCCAAGUAAGCUAUAGUUAAAAAGGCUUUUAAUAAAUCAUUUUAGGACUAUAUUUAAUAAAUAAAGUAUCAUAUUUAAGUUUUUAUCUUGAUGUUUUAUUAAAGACAACUGUUUCAAUGGAAGAUUUCAACAUGUAUAGUAUCCUGAUAGUGUGUUACUCAACAAGAAAGAAAUGUCAAGGGCAUUAUUUUUGGAAAAUGUUGAAAAUCCCAAGAAGACAGUGCACUACACAGGUAUGUUGUGUGACUAUGGUCUACUGCCACCAAGUUCCCCCGCCUCGGAGCUCUGCAUGGUGAGUUGUGUUGGUCAUGUGCGCCGCCCACCCAUCAAUAUACAUUAUCUAGUUGCUUGACUACUGUAUUUGAAUUGUAAUUAUUGCUGACAGUUCGUUUAUCAGCAUGUUAUUAUUCAAAUUACUGUAACUCAUUUUGUCUCUAAUGUUUUUUUGCUUUAUCAUGAAAAAUAGCACUCCCUCGGCCAGGGCUGGGGGAGGUAUCAAGGGUUAAUAUUGCCUGGUCAUUUAUGGAAUUAAAUAAUUUUCUCUUUUAGGUUUGGAUUCAAGUGUUCUACGUGCCAUACUGCCAUACAUAAUUUGGUUUAGGAGAAGGCUUCUAGACUUCACAUGUGGAAAGGUAAAAAGAAAACAAAGGAAAAAUAUAUUGGAAAAGUAUAUAUUGAGGUGAGCAAAGUUUUCAAUGGUGACAAGGUGCCUUUCAGUCCUAUUGUAAUUAGUACACGUAUGAAGUCAUAAUUUAUUUUUAUUUUUAGCAAAAGAAAAAAUUUUCCAAAUUAUCCACCUGGGAACAGUUUAUUAUUACGCUGGUAAGAUUACGCCGAAAGAUCACCAUUGAAACACUGGCAGAUUUAUUUGGAAUUUCAACUGGUUCUACGAGCAGAAUUAUAAUUACAUGGAUAUUGUUCUUAGAAAAGGAACUAUCAUUCCUGCUGCAUUUCCCAACUCUCUCUGAAUUGGAUGGUAUACAGUAUCCGAAAGCAUUUAGAGGCAUUCCUGACUUACGAGGAAUUAUUGACUGCACCGAGUUUUAUAUUGAAACACCUAACCGUUUGCCAAGCCAAAGAUCUACAUACAGCACAUACAAAUCACGGAAUACCUUUAAACUACUUGUGUCCAUUUCUCCUAUUGCUCACUUUAAUUUUGUUUCAAAUUUGUUUAGUGGUAGCAUAAGUGAUAAGGAGAUUAUAAGGCAAAGUGGAUUUUUAGAUAAACUGCAGCCUGGUGAUGCGAUAAUGGCUGAUAAGGGAUUUAACAUCCAAGAUCUACUAGCUUUACGGGAGACGAGAUUAAUUGCUCCACCCAUUAUGAGAAAAGGUACAGUGUCAUCGAAAGCUUCGACCAUCACAAGACGAAUUGCCAAAAGUCCGCAUCCAUGUUGGAAGAGCAAUUAG